ACUUUCACUUCCUCUCUGUGAUCUGAACGCACAUCUCCUGCUGCCAGUGCCGCCCUGCGCUCACUGCACACUUCUCUCUCUGCGCCUGAACCAGCCAGAGCCCAGCCCUCAGCCCAGCACUCGGCCUUCCACGACUCCUCAUCUGCAGGUCAUCAUGUCCAGGAAGGUGGUCCGGUCCAGUAAGUUCCGUCAUGUCUUCGGUCAGGCGGUUAAGGCUGACCAGUGCUACGAUGACAUCAGGAUCUCUCAGAUGACCUGGGACAGCAACUUCUGCUCCGUUAACCCCAAAUUCGUCGCCAUGAUCGUGGACGCCAGCGGAGGAGGAGCCUUCAUCGUCCUGCCGCUCAGCAAGACUGGCCGUAUCGACAUGUCCCAGCCCACCGUCUGCGGCCACACUGGACCCGUCCUGGACAUCGAGUUCUGCCCACACAACGACAACAUCAUCGCCAGCGGCUCUGAAGACUGCAGUGUCAUGAUCUGGGAGAUUCCAGAAGGUGGUCUGACGCAGCCUCUGAAAGAGCCAGUAGUGAAGCUGGAUGGUCACUCCAAACGUGUGGGCAUUCUCAGCUGGCACCCCACAGCACACAAUGUCCUUAUGAGUGCAGGCUGUGAUAAUGUGGUGAUCCUGUGGAACGUGGCGAGAGGUGAGGCAGUGGUCAAGGUGGACUCUGUGCACACCGAUCUCAUCUACAGCGCCUGCUGGAACACAGACGGCUCACGCAUCCUCACCUCCUGCAAGGACAAGAAACUGCGCGUCCUGGAUCCCCGCAAGGGCACCGUCAUCGCCGAGAAGGAUAAGCCUCAUGAGGGCUCCAGGCCGGUCAGGGCUGUGUUUGUGUCCGAGGGGAAGAUUCUGACCACUGGUUUCAGCAGAAUGAGUGAGAGACAGGUGGCGCUCUGGGAUCCGGACAGCUUUAAUGAGCCGCUGACUCUGCAGGAGUUGGACACCAGUAGUGGAGUUCUGCUGCCCUUCUUUGACCCAGACACUUCGGUCGUUUACCUGUGCGGAAAGGGCGACAGCAGUAUUCGUUACUUUGAGGUGACGGACGAGGCUCCUUACGUCCAUUAUCUCUCCAUGUACAGCAGCAAAGAGAGCCAGAAGGGGAUGGGCUACAUGCCCAAGAGAGGACUGGAGGUCAACAAGUGUGAGAUCGCCAGAUUCUAUAAACUCCAUGAGAGGAAGUGUGAGCCCAUUGUAAUGACAGUGCCACGAAAGUCUGACCUGUUCCAGGAGGAUCUGUAUCCAGACACUAUUGGACCGGAGCCGUCGGUGGAGGCUGAUGAAUGGUUCGCUGGUAAAGAGGGGAAGCCCAUCCUCAUCUCUCUGAAGGACGGCUUUGUGGCCACCACCAAAAACAAAGAGUUUAAGGUCAUCAAGAGCCUCAUGUCCACCACAACGGCCUCCUGCGGCCAGCGGCAGGGCAAUGGCGAGGAUGUGCAGGCGCUGCAGAAUGAAGUGAAGGAGUUGAGGGAGAUCGUGGAGGAGCUGAGUAAACGAGUGAGCGAGCUAGAAAGCAAAAACUGAGGGCCGGAGCGACGGACUCAACUGGAAAUGUGAAAACAUAAACCACACAAGUGUUUUAAGGGUAGAACCAAGGGGGGAGAGAGGGGAUGGGGGGCUGUCGUGUUUUAUGAAGGGAUAAAAAGAACAUUGCAGCUUUUUACAAACCAAAUAUCGCCUUUCAGGGAUUUGAAUUUAUUUUCUAGAGUUUUUUAAGAUGUUUUUCCAAACUCAUUAUAAUAUAUGUCAAAAUAGAGCAUUUCAAUAAAUGUCAACAAUAUUUUAAA